AUGCCUUUGCCUCCUGCGCUAGCUGCUCGACUUGCAAAAAGGGGCAUUUUAAAAGUUAACCCCAACGGCGAGUCUAUUAACAACCAAGUUCAAGUUCAAGCAAAUGAAGAGAUUAUAGCAGAAGAUUACGAUAAUAAACCAGAAGAACAUAAUGCAAAAGAACAUUUUUGGGAAGGGAUAGAAGGUGUUAAUGUUGACCCGAUUAAAGGUCAUCGUGGUUGCCCAAACAAAAGUAACAUCUAUCAUGAAUGUUCUAAAUUUUGUGUGAAAACGUGGAAACAAGGUAAACUGGUACCAAAUGAAGUGUAUAUGGAAAAUAAGAAAAAAGCGUUAGAGCUUUGGCCUUUACCUCCAGGGUGGGAAGAGGUAUAUGACGAAGGUACUGGACAACAUUAUUUUUGGAAUGUCCAUAACAAUUUGGUAUCUUGGUUGCCACCUGCACAUCCACAAGCAGUGACUUCUGAAAGUGCUGCACACUUACGAGAAGAGAGAUUAUUGAAAGAAGGUGAUGAGAGUGAUGAUAGUAGUGAAGCAUCUGAUCAAGAAGUUCCACAGCAGCAUACAAAAGAAAAGCGACAUGAUCGCAGAGAAAAAAGUAGGGAACUAGUGCAUCAUAGAGAUAAGAAAAGACAAAGAGUUAAGGACAAUGAUUUGGAUCCAAUGGAUCCUGCUUCUUAUUCAGAUAUACCAAGGGGUAAUUGGACGUCCGGUUUAGAUAAUCAUACCAAAACUGGAGUUGAUACAACAGCAUCAGGAUCAUUAUACCAAAUGAGGCCAUAUCCUGCACCAGGUGCUAUACUAGCAGCUAAUGCUAAAGGCUCACCACCUCCAUCUCCA